UGCUAGGUAGGUGUAAUUUGUGUUCGAAUAGUGAAGUGAGACAUGUUGUGACAUUUCUGUUCCUGCUCAAAUUUUUCAUUGAAACUGAAAAGGUUUAUUUAUAGUAUAUCUUUCAGGUGUUUCAAUUUUGAUAUUAGUUAAGUUGUCUUAUCCAAAUUUAUCAAAAUAAAUUAUGAAUUGAUAUUAUAAGUAAAUACUUGGGUAGCUCUUGCCGCGGAUUCUGUCAUGAUUGAGGUAAACACUGUCAAUUUAAAGAAUUGUGGAGGUGUGGGAAACAGUAAUGAUGAAAGUCAUGUUGUCAACGAGUAUAUUUCCAACAACAUCAAGGAUGAAAUAGAGAUUGACGAAAAACCAUUUCAGUUUCCCAUGGAGGAUAUUCCUUGUAAUAUUGCUGUUGGUUCAGUAAAGCAUAUUCAGAAUGAAGAUGUAAACGUUGGUGUUGCCAAUAUUAACUUUAAAGCUGAAGAUGUGAAGAAUAAGAUAGAUAUCAAUGAAGGAAUUCGCAUAAAAGAGGAACUCGAAUUCGUUAAGAAAGAGUUCUUGAAUGAAGAUGCAGUGGACCCACUCCUACCAAAGGUAGAAGCCGACAAUUUCCAUGAAAACGAAUCACUGCAGGAGGAGAAAGAAAAGGAUGGCAAAGAAGAAGGAGAAGAAGCAAAACAAGAUGAUGAUGAUGAUGAUUUCUCUGAUCACAUCAAGGAUGAAAUAGAGAUUGACGAAAAACCAUUUCAGUUUCCCAUGAAGGAUAUUCCUCGUAAUAUUGCUGUUGGUUCAGUAAAGCAUAAUAUUCAGAAUGAAGAUGUAAUUGUUGAUGAUGCCAAUAUUAACUGCAAAGCUGAAAAUGUGAAGAAUAAGAUAGAUAUCAAUGAAGGAAUUCGCAUAAAAGAGGAACUCGCAUUCGUCAAGAAAGAGUUCUUGAAUGAAGAUGCAGUGGACCCACUCCUACCAAAGACUGAGCCUGUUGAACCCUAUGGUAUUAGCAAUUCUCAAAUGGAUAGUGACGAAUUCAAACACUUUGGCCAUGUGGCAGUUGUAAGUCUAUGCAGAUUGGAAGAUUUAGCCUCAGAUGUUGGACAGUCCUUGGAAGCUCAAUCGUCCAAUCAAGAUUACGAACCAUUAGUUGAAGGAGAAUCUAGUAACAGUUCAGAAGGAAGGCUGCAGUUGAGCUGUUUGAGAAAGUAUCGCAUCAAUAGAUCAGAGAGAGGAGGAGAUGCUGCCACCAUUCAAAAGUCCAAGCACAGGAACAUCAAAGCCUAUCAUUGCAGCAGGUGUAAGUUCACUUGCCUGACAAAGGCUCGACUGGAAGACCACCAACAGAGUCACGGAAAGGAAAAGCAUGUAUGUUCAGUUUGUGAAUACAUGACGCAAGAUUCUUCUCUAUUUGCAAUACAUUCCAAGGUUCAUGAACUUGGAAAGCCACCUUACAAGUGUGAUAUAUGUGAUUAUAUAACCAUAGAAAAAUCAAAGUUCAUAAUACACUGUAGAAGGCACACUGGAGAGAAGCCCUUCACUUGUGGCAUAUGUAAUUUUAAGUUUAUUGUAAAAUCGAGUUUAGUGGCACAUAUUGCAAAACAUACUGGAAUAAAACCUUAUGAGUGCAAAAAAUGUAAUUACAAAGCCACCACCAGACAAUCUUUGAAAUUACACAUUGAACGGAUUCAUCUCAGACAGAUUCAAAAAAAGAACUUCUGUUGUAGUCAGUGUGAUUCAGCAUUUCUUUACCGGUCAGAUUUGUUAGACCAUGAAAGGUGCAUUCAUGAAGGGGGUGAGGAAAUGCUCUACAGCUGUAAAAUGUGCAAAUUUAAAUGUAAAAGGAUGAGAAGUUUGUAUUUUCACGAGAGAAUUCAUACUGAAAAGAAAACAUUGAGUUGUAAUGAGUGCAGUUUCAAGUGUUCCAAGCCCAGCAAACUGAAUGAACAUAAAAGAAUACAUAGUGGAGAAAAGCCUUACAAUUGUAACGUGUGCCAAUAUACAGCUGCCAGGAAAGCACAUUUGAAAUUGCAUAUUAGAACUCAUACCAAAGAAAAGCCUUACUGCUGUGAUCAAUGUGACUACAGGGCUGCAUCUUCAUGUGGUCUGUCAAAUCAUAAUAGAACUCAUUGUCCUACUGGUGAAAAACGUUUCGAAUGUGAACAUAAAAAAACUCAUAGUCCUACUGGUGGGAAGCCUUUCACAUGUGAUAAUUGUGGUUACAAAUGCAAUACUUUAGUCAAUUUAAAAACUCAUAUUAGAACUCACACUGGUGAAAAACCGUUUAAAUGUGAUAUUUGUGAUUACAAGAGUGCACAGUCAUCCACUUUGAAAAAUCAUGUUCGAAUUCAUCACACUGGUGAAAAACCGUUUAAAUGUGAUAUUUGUGAUUACAAGAGUGCACAGUCAUCCUCUUUGAAAAAACAUGUUCGAACUCAUCACACUGGUGAGAAACCAUUUAAAUGUGUUAUUUGUGACUACCAGAGUUCAGAUUCGUCAACUUUGAAAAAACAUGUUCGAACUCAUCACACUGGUGAAAAACCGUUCAAGUGUGAUUUUUGUAAUUACAGGAGUGCACAGUCAUCCAAUUUGAAAAGACAUGUUCGAAUUCAUCACACUGGUGAAAAAACGUUCAAGUGUGAUUUUUGUAAUUACAAGAGUGCACAGUCAUCCAAUUUGAAAAAACAUGUUCGAACUCAUCACACUGGUGAAAAACCGUUCAAGUGUGAUUUUUGUAAUUACAGGAGUGCACACUCAUCCUCUUUGAAAGUUCAUAUUAGAACUCAUACUGGUGAAAGACCAUUCAGAUGUGAUAGCUGUGACUACCAGGGUGCAGUACUAUCCAAUUUAAAAAUGCAUAAAAGAAAGCAUCACAAAACAUAAUUAUGAGCUUUCACAUAGUGGGCUUACCCUAA